AUUUCGUCAUGUUAACAUUUGCAAUAUGAAAUAUUAUUUCAUACUAGCUUGCAUAUCAAACAAAGAUUAAUAGUAUAUAUAUAACUGUAAGUAAAAGCUGAGAUAGAAUAACGAAGUCAGUGAUAUAAGUACGUUUCCUGUCUUGAGUGUGAAUAUGCUAGAUUUAUGGACAGUGUUGCUAUGUUUGUGUGUACUUUGUCUCUAUAUUCUGUGGACGAAGACAGUUAGAAAUGACACUUUGCCGCCUGGACCACCAACAGUUCCAUUUGUCGGCAACCUAAAUUUAAAACUAGACAAUCUACCAGAGAAUUUCCGUGGUUUUAGGCAAACUUAUGGAGAUGUGUUUAGCUUGAUAUUGGGAUCAAAAACUAUGGUUGUUGUGAACGGAUUGGAAGCAUUGAAGGAAAUUUUUGUUAAAAAUGGAGAUGUGACGUCAGAACGCGCUGAUUCUUUUAUUACCCGAGAGCUUAGUCAUUAUAAAGGAAUAGUUAGCUCAUCUGGUUCCUUAUGGAAAGAACACAGAACGUUUACAUUAGGAGCAUUACGCGAGUUUGGAUUUGGUAAGAAGAGUCUGGAAUCAAAGAUCAUGGAAGAAGCUGAAGUUUUAAUGAAGCUUAUCGAGGAAAAGAUUGGACAGCCAUUCAACAUCAGGCAACUUCUAUAUUUAUCUUUUUCUAACAUAACGUGUUCUAUAGUUUUUGGUCAGCGGUACGAAUACACUGACAAACGAUUUAUGUCAUUACUGGAUAAAAUCAAAGAGAACACCAACAGUGUUAACAUAACAAUGCUUGCUACAACUUUUCCUUUCCUUCAAUACAUCCCACGUGACCCUUUUGGGAUAAAACGUACAGUAACCAAUGCUGAUGUCGUGCGCAAGCAUCUGGAGAAUAUAGUUAAGGAACAUGAAGAGACAUUUGAUGAAAAUAAUUUGAGAGAUUAUGUCGAUGUUUUCCUGAAAAGAAUGAGAUCAGAGAAAGGCAAUCCAAAAACUACGUUUGAUCACGGGCAACUUACUUGUACAAUAGGAGACUUGUUUGUAGCGGGGACUGACACGACAUCAACAGCUUUGCAGUGGUUUAUUGCUAUGCUGAUUAAUCACCCUGAAGUUCAGGAUGAAAUGAGAAAGGAGAUCAACAAUGUCAUAGGAACAUCCAGAUAUCCAUGUAUGCAGGACAAGCCUAAGUUACCUUAUACGGAAGCAGUAUUAAAUGAGGUUCUAAGAUUUGGAUGUAUAGCACCUUUUACUCUACCUCAUGGACUGACGAAGGAUUUUAAUUAUAAGGGUUACGUGAUCCCAAAAGGUUCCCAAUUGAUGCCUAACUUACAUUCCGUCUUAUAUGACCCAGAGAUAUUUGACGAUCCAGAAGCGUUUUGUCCUACAAGGUUUCUAGAUACAGACCGAAAGCUCAUUAAUCUGGAUAAGGUUCUAGCUUUUGGAUUAGGAAGAAGAGUUUGUCUUGGCGAGUCAUUGGCCAGAAUGGAAUUUUUCCUUUUUGCAACAAUACUCAUACAAAGGUUUAAACUUAAUGCUGCCGAUAUCGACCAUUUGCCGUCAACAAAAGGAAAGUUAGGACUCACCUUAGCACCAGUUGAAUUUUCUUUCUGUGCCGUCGGAGUAUAAUAAUGUAAACAAGAAUAUUAUUUGGGAACAAUCGCUAGCUAGUUUUGUUGUGUAAAUGCCUCAAAAUUGAUAACUUUUUGGAAUUUUUAACAUUCAACAAAGAGAAGAAAACAACAACAGAAAAAGAAAAGAAGUUCACAUCUGUAUUGCAUUUCUGUAGUAAAUAAGUCAAUUCAAAUAAAUGAAUAUACUCAUCA